CAGUUCAAGAUGGUAGCCCGCACUCAACUAUGAGUAUGAUGUCUGCGAUAUUGUCCCACGAUCCACAAUUACAAGUGCUAUCGCCUGUCAAACGAAAGAAUUCGACUUUACUACCAUCCAUUAGAGACCCUCCACCCAAAUUUAUCGAGAACUUCAAUUCGAGAUCUAACCGAUUCUCAAAACUAGACAACAAAUAUGCCCACAAGAGUUGCGGAGAGUUCCUGGGAUCCAGAGAGCACGGAUUAAGGCGGCAGACUGGAGGAGCUCUUCUCCACAGAAGUGAGAAUAUAAUAUCCUGGGGCUGCUCUCCUAAACCUGACAACUACAUGCCGCGCACAAGAAGUACCUACACCUCCCCCACUCAACACACCAACACUGAGACAGCCCGGAGACGGAGGUUCCACAGACGGGUCGUACCUCCAACUACCGCCUACAAUCUCUCAACCUCCACCUCUUGUUGGGACCCAGAUCCUAAACAUACAACGCAGUACAAGGUUUUAGCUGAGACACAACACAGACUUCAGCAGCCAAACACCUGGAAAUACAGCACCCACGCCGACUACAAACUAUCUGAUCUCAGGAAAAUAAAAUAGACUGCAGGACUUUCGAUGAAUAUUGAAUGAGAUAACUAGAAUUUAAUGCAUUAUUGUCAAUGUGAUUAUUAUACUUUUAGUACACACUAGUCAUAUACGACGUUAGAAUUCUGUUGUUGACAUAUCUUGAUUCCUCCUUGGGUAACUGACAUGUGAUUUGUGAGCUGUUGAUAGUUUGAUGGUUGAUAGGGUGGGCUGUGUAAACAGGAUGGGUUGAGUAAAUCAGGUGUGACCUAAUAUUUAGUCUCUAGCUGACUUUUAGAGUUCUCGUUGAAACUUUCUCUUUGAAUGACGAUAUUAUUUCCCACUGAUUACUAGGAUUAUACUAUUAUUUCCACUGAUUACUAGGAUUUUUAUUUUUGAUUUGAUGAUCACCUCUAUUUUUGAAUGAGCAGGAAUUUCUGGUUCUUUAAUGAACUGACUGCAUUGAUGAUUUUACACAAUAUUUUUUCUGGAAUGCAUUGGUCAUGUGAAUUGUGAAUGUUUUGUACAUAGUCAACUAUUUUGUUAUGUGUUAUAUUUCUCUCAAUAUUUG